AUGGUCUUCAAACCAUUCAAGUCCCCUUUAAUUAGGAAUCCUGCUACAUCAUCCACGGACAAGCCCGACGAGCCCAGUCGUCCUGCCAAAAAGCCCCGCCUCGAAGACGAACCGGCACCGCAAUCAGCCAGUCGAAAGCCGCUCCUACAAGUCAACAAUCGAGGGUCAGACAGUACCACACAGUCAUCACACGGCGACUCGACCAAAGAUGAUACAUCCGACGAAAGAUACUUUAAUGUUCUCUGGCGCAAACCAAGCGCCAAAAAGCACAAAACAUGGGACGGAGACGGAAUACUCUCCACCCGCGGAGAAUUUGUGUAUCUACGAGACAUUACCGGGAAGGAGAUGGGACGGAAGAUGCACGAAGCCCGGCUCGAGCCGGGAACAACACUGUCUAUCUCCGGCAAAGAGGUUGAAAUAGACUCUGAAAUGUCUCGCAAGGAAUAUCUCUCCGGCAGAAUGUUCUUGGAAGGCACCAAGCCAGCACCUACCUCCACACCUGACCCGGUGCCCACACCGAAGAAAGAAGCUCUCCCCGCUCGAAAGAAGGGCGAAGUACGCAAGCCUACGGCUGCUGAGCGGACACAGUCCCUCAAGCGCUCGCUGGCUCUAGUUACCAACCCCAAUGCGAACCCUGGAAACGCACCGGCGUCAUUUGCGGCUUAUAAGGCGCCGCUGCUUGCGAAUACCGUUGCUCCCAAGGCUGUUGGGAAGGUCGUUCCGCGUCAUGACCCUAAGGCCGUUGGUUGUGGAUGUUGUUGUUGA